AUGGAUAUCAAAUUUGUCCGUCUUAAGAGUUUAAAGGAGACUCUGCAAAGGAUUGUCUCUACUCUAGCAAACAAAAAUGAUGAAAUUCACAACUUCAUUGACAUGCUGAAUAAUACAAUAAAAAAUGUUCAGACGAACUCUUCUAAUGUUAUCACUGAGUUGGAUGAAGAAUUUGAAGGUCUCUAUUCCAUAUUGGAUGAGAUGAAGGGGACUAUGACCAACACUAUUCAGCAAGAGGAAGCUCGUAAAAUUCAAGCUCUACAGAAUCAACUUAGCCAGUGUAGUAAUGCCCUGGAGAGUUCUGAAGAACUGCUAGAACUUGCUGCGCAGUCACUGGACAUAAAGGACCCUGUGGAAUUUUCAAAGGCUGCCAGACAGAUCAAAGAUAGAGUUACAAUGGCUUCAGCAUUCCGCAUUUCUCUGAAACCAAAGGUCAGUGAUAGUAUGACUCAUCUAAUGGUGGACUUCUCCCUGGAGAGGCUGCUGCUGCAGGCUGUAAAGUUUUUGCCAGUUCCUAAAGCUCCAGAGAUAGAUAUUGCAGCAUGUCUGGUUGCUGAUAACUGUAUAACAGUAUCAUGGAGAAUGCCUGAAGAAGACAACAGAAUCGAUCACUUCAUACUGGAGUACAGGAAAACCAACUUUGAUGGACUUCCUCGAGUAAAAGAUGAACAGUGCUGGGAGCUAGUAGACUAUAUUAAGGCUACUGAAUACACGUUAUCAGGUCUGAAAUUUGAUACAAAGUAUAUGAACUUUAGGGUACAGGCUUGCAACAAGGCUGUGGCAGGGGAAUACUCUGAUCCUGUGACUCUGGAGACGAAAGCAUUUGUGUUCAAUUUGGACAAUACUUCGUCUCAUCUGAACUUGAAAGUUGAAGAUACUUAUGUUGAAUGGGAUCCUACUGGAGGCAAAGGCCAAGAAAAAAUAAAAGGAAAGGAGAAUAAAGGCAGUGGCCAGAAUCCUGUACUGAAGAGCAAUAAAAGAAGUGGUACACCAUCUCCAAAGAGGACAUCUUUUAGUUCAAGAUCCUUAAUGAGAGGCAGCAGAGAUCGUUUUACUGGUGAAUCAUACACAGUGUUGGGAGACACUGCUAUUGAAAGUGGACAGCAUUACUGGGAGGUGAGAGCCCAGAAGGACUGCAAAUCCUACAGCGUGGGAGUAGCAUAUAAAAACCUGGGGAAAUUUGACCAGCUGGGAAAGACUAAUUCGAGCUGGUGCAUCCAUAUCAACAACUGGCUGCAAACCACAUUUUCAGCAAAACAUAAUAAUAAAGCCAGGACUCUAGAUAUACCUGCUCCAGACAGAAUAGGAGUAUACUGCGACUUUGAUGGAGGUCAGCUCACGUUUUAUAAUGCAAACUCAAAGCAACUGUUAUAUCCCUUCCGAACAAAAUUUACCCAGCCAUUACUACCAGGCUUCAUGAUCUGGUGUGGUGGGCUUACGUUGAGUACUGGACUGCAGGUGCCAAGUGCUGUGAAAACACUCCAGAAAAGUGAAAAUGGAUUGAGUGGUUCAGCUGGCAGUCUAAACAAUAUUACCGAAUAACUUGUCCAUUUAAACACUUCUAUUGCUGAGCGUUUUUUUUCUAUAUAGUUGCUACUCACGAAAGCUUGUGAGCCUUGGAUUAAACUGGCUUUGCCACCCACUGCUGUUUAAAGGCCUGGGUAGUGAUAGUGCAAAUGUUUUGGACUAAAGUGUUAGGAAGAGCCUGCUGUGAAUCCACGGAGCCAGACAGAAAACUACUGUUAUUUGGAAAGUAGAUGGGGAAAUCAAGAGCUGUAGCUAUGUACUUUUUCUAAUACUGCACUUGUAUUUUGUUAUGGACUUGGAAUAUUCAUUUUGUGUUACAAAAUUUAUUUUUCUAUGAAGAAUAUGACAAAUGCUAUUUUCUUAGCUGUCCUAACAUGCAACAUCUGACUGUAUACUUUGUUACUGCUGGGCUUCCAGAGAGAACUUGAGAUGACAAAAACAUUUCUAAAGAAUACAUUAGUUCAUGUAAGAGGUUGUAGGGCAGUCACGGAUAAACGACAUGAGCAAUCUGUGCUUCUGACAAAAAGCUUCCUCUUUCCCAUGAAUCACUCUUAAGUAUCAUGUGUUUAAAGAGUGACUUCAGCUCAUGUCUGUCUACAAUUAUAGAAAAUGUGGAAAUUUAAAGGCAUUUAAAAACGCAUUUGUCCAUGAAGACUCAUGGUAGCCAACUAUUGAGCUAAGUAAUACUUUGGAUAUGAGGUUCAGAACCAAAAAUCAAGUGCUUUUAAAGCCACAGUGUUGUCCCUAACAUGCUCGUAAUUGAGUCAUCUCUUGGCUUUCUAGUUUUGUGGGUUUGUUUAUUUUGGGGGAUUUUGAUAAUCAGCAGUUUACCCUGUUCAGACUUUCUCAGAUGGGAAUGACAAGUUGAACAGCCAUUCUUUGCCUUCCUGUAGCAUAACUGCAAAGCAGCUGAGGCAGGGACCGUGAGUGAGAGCAUGAACUUGAAGGCAGCCUUCCAGAAAGGAGAGGAAGCUCUUGCUAAAGCUGCUUCUAGCUUUUUCUCAAGCAGCUUCAAGGCUGGCUAAGACUUCUCAAGCAGCUUUGUCAAUGUCAGAGCUGGCCUUGAGCAGAGGUGGUGUCUACACUCCUGGUGGUGAUGGACUGUGAUCUGGGCCCUGGGAUUUAUUUGAGCAAUCCCUGUUUUAACUACCCUAGCAAGGGUUCCUGGAACUUUCUGGACAACAAAAGACCACCAGAAGUUGUGUGAUUUAUUCAUCUAAGAAAAAUGUAGCUUAUCUAUGGCAUUCUGCUCUUAACGUAUUAGCUUGUACCGUAUGCUAUGUAUAUGUGGACUUAAGAGACAGACUUUUAGAGGAUCAUAUUGUAAAAAGUUUCUGUUCAGAAACUCUGACUUUAUCCCUUCCUCUCUCUUAGGGCAAGAGAAAAGUGCAAAGGAAGGAAGUGCUUUGCAAACUGACAUCAGUCCUGCUCUUGGAUCUGCAUUUAUAUAUGCUGUUUUUUUUUUUUUGAUCAAGUGAAAUUGGGCAUGAGUGUUUUGUCAUCUCAAUUCUUAGUUGGAAACUUAGUAAUAAUAGUCAAAUGAUUCAUUAGUGGGAAAGCUAGAAAAAAAAAUAGCAUGUUAUUCUUUGUGGAAGGUCUUAAACCUUUUCAAUUAGAAUUACAUGUGUUUUAUCUAUUAUUUCUUUUCUUUCCUCUAAUCAGAUCAAGAAGUCUGGAAAUUAUUUCCAGAUGCAUGUUUGAAUUAAUGGUGUUUCCUUAUUGAAGAUUUUUCAUACUCUCACCUGAAGACUGUUUAAAAGUCAUGCUAGCGGUAUCUGUAAUGAAUCAGGUUCCUUUUCUACAGGGUCAAUGUUCUUUAUUCUGUGUCCAUAAAAAUAUGACCAUCGUGUUGAUGUUAAAGCUUGUUAACAUCAGUGGGUCCUUUUUGUCUUUCAGAACUUCUCCAGAAGCGAAAUUGCUUGAAACAGCUUAUAAUAAACUGGUAGUAACAUUCAGUGGAAAAUUAAGAUUGCAUCUUAAUUUCUGUACCUACUUUAGAAAUUUUGAGGUUGGUGGUAAGGUUGAGCCCUUACUGUUCAUUUCAUACAUGAAACUUGAAUGUCACUCGACAUUUGCAUUAUGAACAAAGCUAGCUGUAAUCUCUUUUGCAGAGGAAAGUGUAAAAACAAUUCCCGGUUUAGCUGCACUCUCCUUGAUCAGUGGAGUGUUGUGGGUCUUGAAAUGUAAAGGUACUGGAAGGUGACGUGGUCCUUAAAUGAACAGCAUCUGAAUCUGUUUAUCACAAAUAUUACUCUCUGCAGAUGUUGUUAUCCUAAUAGCCUGUGUAGUAAUCUUAAGUCUUUCGCCUGCAUUUCUUUCCUUUUAACUGUAAUAAACACCUGACUGACAGUUAUAGGAUCUCAAAUUGCAAUGACUUCAGCGUGAGGUGAGGGAGUGAGACUUGUGUGCUUGGAUCGUGGUGGUGUUUAGAGAGAGGAGAGUUGAGGCUGAUACUUCUAGUUUUGAGACUUGUUACAUGGGGUGACUGUGACAAACAGAACUCUAAAAAGACUCGUGCCUGUUCAGGCUGCCCAGCCAUCUGUUUAUCUGGGGUAUUCAGCUACAGUUCCUAUUACAUUUCCCUUUCUGGAGAGAAAGUGAAUGUUUACUGUAAGGUGAAGUGUGUAGUGAAUGAUGAAUAACCGUGAGUAAACUCCAGGACUACAUAAGAGCUUUUAAAUUACAGACUUCUUUUAGCAAGAUGUAGUGAAACCUGCAAGGUAAAUCUGAUUAUACACAAAGUGUAAAAAUUAAUUUUUUCUUUAACACUGUUAUAGUAGCAUAGUCUGAAAGAACAUUGAAGUAUUUCAUACUGUGAUUUGAUUCACAAGGUUUAGUUUGAUUGAUAUCCUAGAUGAACUUAAUGUGUGACUUAUAUUAACCUUAAAGGAUAAAUUUAUUAUAUAACAGUUUGCACAGAUGUCAGAUUUUUGCUGCUAACAGCUAGUCCCGUUAUUUUUAGUAAAUGGGAUAUGAAGAAGAGGAUUGCCUUAAGCACUUUAGAUUUUUUUUUUAGACUUUUUGCGCUAGAAUCUCUUUCAAAUUGAGUACGGACAUAUUAGUGAUACUUUGUAGCAGCUGGUGCACUAUUCAUAGGAAGUAAACUGGAAAAAAUAGUACUUGUUAAGAACUUGCUCUGCAGCUACAGAAGAGUGAUGUAUGCUGCUUGUGAAGUUACUUUUCUGGGAGAUAGCUUCAGGGACUGGAGGGACUGCACUUCCUUAUGAAUGAGCGUGACCUUCUGAAGGCCUGUAGUUUCGCCAGGUAGUUGGCAUUAAGUGUAACAGGUCUGGUGAAAUAAAUACUGAGCUUUCCCUGCUCUGAAGUCAAAGACUGGUGGUUGAUCAGGAGUUUUCCUUUGUAUGACCAAAACAAGAAUUUUUAUUAAUGUUACUUAGUUAAAUGAUUAUUUGUGUUCUUUCGGGAUUACAUUACUUCUAAAAUAACCUGUUGCAAAGAACUGAAGAGGUUUUCUCGAGUCCUUACUGUAGUGGAAAACUGACUUGUUUUUAUGGAAAGCUAUAUGAACUCAAAGAAGGAGCUUUAAUUUUGGAAAAGAUUAUUUUAAAGCAUCCACGUGGUAAGUAUUUCCUCAAAUCCUGAGAUACAGAAGGCAGAGGCUGACAGGUUUUCCUUCAGCCAUUCUGUAAGGAAGAGUAGUAGAAGGUAUUACACAAGUCCUUCCUCCCCCUCCCCCCCAAAAAUUGUUCCUCCUUUUCAUAUUAAGACAGACUGCGCAAACUAACUGGUUCCUUCAGGGGGAAAAAAAAAUCUAAGUAAUACUUUGGUCUUGUAACCAUCAUAGGUUAUGAAUAUUAAACAUAGCUUUGUAGAAAUUUUCCUCAGAAUUUUCCUUAGCAUUUUUCCCCUAACCUUGCUUACUGUUACACUAGCUGAUUUGAACAAAAUGUUAGAAGGAGAAAUGUGGUAGGAGAGGAUGAUGAUUUUCCCAAGCAGUGUAAAGUAGGCUUUAUGCGUAUUUCAAUAUUAGGCUAAACAAUUUCCUCCACCACUCUUCAGUGUACCUGUUGUUGCACGUGCCUUGCACAAGGUAAAGCUGUAAUCAUCCGUUGGCUGAGAUGUUGGGCAUGCUUAGAAAUCUUGUGCUUUCACAUUUUAUUUACCAAGUUACACACUGGGUUUCCAUAACCAUCGCUUUAACUGUACCUCAGGUAUUCUGUAAUCAGUGCUUCGUUCCUCUUUUCUUUGGAAAGUAGCUGCACGUAGCAGGCCUGUCAUUAUCCACACUGAAUUACAGGGGUGCCUUAGAGCCCGCAGAGUAUUUUGACGUCUUUAACUUGUAUG